AUGGCAUCUAUUAGUAAUAGAAAUUAUCCAUACAAACCACCUGUAUUCACUGAUGAAGAUCGUCUAGAUAAACUCAAAAAUACAUUACCAGAUCUUAAAGAACUUUUCCAACAAGAAUUCUCAGGAAAUCAUUUUCCCGGUCUUAUCUAUGGAUUGAUCGUUGAUGGGCAAUUAUUUUGUAGUGAAAGUUUUGGUUAUACGAAUUUAGAACAAAACCUACCAACAACAACAAAAUCAUUAUUCCGUAUCGCAUCGAUGACGAAAAGUAUCACUGCCAUGGCUAUUGUUAAACUUCGCGAUGAUGGUAAACUUCGUCUUGACGAUCCAGUUGAUAAAUAUAUUCCUGAAAUAUUUACUAAUGAACUAACAAAUGAUGGACCGAUCAUAACGGUUCGUCAUCUGUUGAUUCAAGAUGCCGGCAUGCCAGAAGAUGAUCAAUGGGGUGAUCAACAGUUAGCUUUACCGGAUGAAGACUUUCUAAAACUGUUGAAAAACGGAAUUUCAUUGUCGAAUCCACCUGGAACAAUAUGGGAGUAUACAAAUCUUGCAUAUGCGAUGUUAGGACGAAUAAUUACCGUCGUUUCUGAAAUGCCCUAUCAAAAUUAUAUCAAACAAGAAAUUCUUGAUCCACUCGGAAUGACGCACACUAUCUGGGAAUACAGCGAUGCUCCAUCGGAGCUAUUAGUAUGCGGUUACCGAUGGGAAUGUGACAGUUACUCGAAAGAAACACCACUUCAUCAUGGCUCUUUUGGUGCCAUGGGCGGUUUAAUCAGUUCGAUCGAUGAUUUCAGUAAAUACGUCGCGUAUCAUCUACAAGCAUGGCCAGCACGAAGUGAACCUGAAUAUGGUCCACUGCGACGUAGUUCGCUUCGCGAAAUGCAUCACCCGUGGAAUUUUAUUGAACUGAAAACUUUUCCGCAUCGUUCAUGUUUAGUAACGAGUGCCUAUUGUUAUGGACUCAAGUGGAGUAUGGAUCAAGAUGGGGUUAUAUCUGUCAGUCAUUCAGGAGGUUUACCCGGAUUUGGCUGUAAUUGGAUGAUGUUGCCUGAAUAUGGCGUUGGCUUGGUCUCGUUUGCAAAUUCUACAUAUGCCGAUUUAGAACAUAUUAAUACAACGAUUAUUGAUAAGCUAGUUCACUUGGCCGAUCUGAAACCUCGAAAAUUACCAAUAUCAAAGAUUCUUGCUGAACGAAAAGAACAGGUGAUACAAGUUAUACUAAACAACAACUGGAAUAUUCAUGAUUCAGAAUUAUUGACGAUUUUUGCGGACAACUUCUUUAACAAUUCAUCGCUAGAACGACGAAAAGCCGUCUCACGAGACUUGUUGGAUCAAAUAGGAAAAGUUGUCGAGAUCGAAGAAUUAACACCAAAGAAUCAGUUAUCUGGUACAUUCCAUCUCAAAGGUGAGAAUGGUUCGGUUCGUAUUCUACUAUGUUUAUCACCGGAAAGUAUACCGUUGGUUCAAGAAUUAGAAUUAACUAUGAUUAAACAAUCAUAA